AAGCGCCGCGGUGCAGUCUGGGUAAUAUGUGUUUUGAGGAAAGAGAGCUAGCAUGUCCGCCGUGGACGAAUGAGCAGCAAAAAAUACAAUUUGUGUGCCUUAAUUCCAGUGUAUACGUGACCUAGCACUGUUAUCACGUCGUCUGUAUUAAUAAGAACCGACAUAAAGUGAGGAACGUCUUUUUAAUGAGCGUUUGCGAUGCUAAAAUAAGCUAAUCGUGCUAAUUUAGCUAUCAGACGGAACGAAACGCGAUAUAUAGUUUUAUAAUUUUUACCUUUAAUAUUUUAGGAUGUAUAAGUGAACAAAAUUGAUUAGGGGUGACGUUUUGCGCAAUAGUAAUUAUUUUUUUUCCAAGAAGUUCAAAUAAUAACUGGUUAUUCUCUUGCUAAGCGCUAUGCUAGGCUAGCUGUAUUGAUUAACUGAAUUGGAAACACCGUGAGGCUACACAACAGAGAGUGGGUGGGGAAAUGGACGAUACUGCCACAAAUGUCGAUAACGACAUUGUUAUCAUCGUGGAAAACGAGGCCGAAAGUUUGCCCGCAGUAGAUGAUAAACUGAAACUGCAAGGCGGCAUCGGCUUUGGGCUGAUGGACACAUGUCCCAUCUGCAAGCUGAGCUUCCACAACAGAGAGCCCAAGCUGCUGCCGUGUCUCCAUUCCUUCUGCAAGAGGUGUCUGCCGGCCCCGUUCAGGAGUGGCGAACCGCCGAGGCGUGACGCGCACGGUCCAGGCGCCAUUCGGUGUCCAGUGUGCAGACAAGAAUGCUGGGAGCUCGACAUAUUGGACAAUUUCUUUGUCAAGGAUUCUGCUGAGGUGCCCAGCAGCACGGUGGAGAAAACCAGCCAGGUGUGUAUGAGCUGCGAUGACAACACAGAGGCAACAGGGUAUUGUGUGGAGUGCGUGGAGUUUUUGUGCGUUACGUGCAUCGAGGCACACCAGAGGGUCAAGUUCACCAGAAAUCACACCAUACGGCAGAAGGAGGAGAUGUCACCAGAAGCGCUGGACAUUUCCUCACAGAGGCCUGUUUUUUGCGACGUCCACAAGCAGGAGCCACUGAAGCUUUUCUGUGAGACGUGUGAUCGGCUCACCUGUCGAGACUGUCAGCUCCAGAAGCACAAGGAUCACAACUACCAGUUUUUGGAGGAUGCGUACAAAAACCACAAGCAGUAUCUGGAGAACAUGACUCAGCAGUUGCAGGACAAACGAAAGGCCAUUGAGGAAGUAUCAGGCUGUGUCAACACGGGCUUGCAGCAAGUUGAAGAAAACCGUAAAGCUGUGACAAAUGAGAUAAAGAAGUCCAUCUGCAACCUGAUCAUGGAGAUCAACAGGAAGGGAAAGAUUCUGAUUAAUCAGCUCGAGGCUUUGACUAAAGACCACGAGCUGUCUCUGAAAAAGCAGCAGGACGACGUCAACACUCUGACCAGGCAUUUGGACCACGUGAUCAGCUUCACUAAGUGGGCCACAGCGAGUCACAGCGGAACGGCUCUCCUGUACUGCAAGAGGCUGAUCCUUUACCAGAUCCAUUACCUGAUGAGAACAAGCUACAACCCAUCUAUUGUUCCGCAGAGCUCUGUCCGCUUCCAGUGUCGCUCUGGUUUCUGGGCCACAAAUGUAGACCUCGGGUCACUGGUUGUGGAAAGAUGCCCGGGUAGGCCGCCCAUCAACAACCACCCUACAGCUCCCAGACCGGAGGCUCCAGCUGUGGGUCUUUCUGUCUCUGCACAGCAGCAGCAGCAGCAGCGACAGAGUACUCUGGCUCAGCUCCAGAUGCAGGUUGACAAGCUUUCCCAUCAGCCUCACAGACAGCCCGCUCCUAACCACUGGUCCUGGUACCAAAACGUCCGGCUUCCUGGACCUACCGGCCCACCACCGCCAACCAGACCCAUCCACGGGGGGUCUUCACCAUCCCAAGGCUCCCCCAGCAUGACACAGCCUGGACGCAGGUACGGGAACACCCAUCCCAAUCCGAGGAGCCCCCCUCCGAACAUGCUUCAGAACCCAAGCUUCACAGCUUCACACACUCUAAGAGAGCUGAUCCACAGCUCGAGUUUUCCCCCUAAACCCGUAGAAGUGUCGCAGGGCAUCUCUCGCUACCCUCAGCCUCUGACAGCAGGAGCAGCUACACAGACAUCACUACAACAGAGAUUUUUACCGGAGUCCUCCCUUCUAAAGAGGAGUGAGGCUGGUGGAUCGGUCCCCACCAUCAACAUCUCUAUACCCAAACCCAGCAUGCUCAGUCUGGGCUCAGCAGCUGCAGACAAAAGUGCACUCGGUCAUUUGACAGCUCACGGAAGCCAGAACUCCCCGGUGGCGAAACCUUCCUCUUCAGAUAGAAGCGGGUUGACUUCCUGGAAGCAAACUUCGGAGCCUUCAGCCCCUGCCUCCAAACGACGAAGACGUGCAUCCCCUGGGCCCAUUAUUGUCAUAAAGGACGAACCAGAGGAUGAUGACGAAGUUCGUUUUGUGCAGUCCAGCUUUGGGUCGAGCCUGCCGGACAGCAGCACCGGUGCUCAGUCGAAGCCCAGGCUUCAGCAGAAGGGGGCUGCGGCGGUCGCAGUCCUCACGUCAGACUCCAAAAAAGAUAGUCCUCAGACCCAGCCCGAGUCUGAAAAGAAGAAAGAGCACGAAGAAGACCCCAACGAGGACUGGUGCGCCGUUUGUCAAAAUGGAGGAGAGCUGCUGUGCUGUGACAAAUGUCCCAAAGUUUUUCAUUUGGCCUGCCACAUUCCCACUCUGAAUGAGUCCCCUAGCGGCGAGUGGUUCUGCUCGUUCUGCAGAGACCUGGACUCCCCUGAGAUGGAGUACGACUGUGACAGACGGGACGGUCCAGACUCAGAGAAGUUCCCACCCGUCGACAGAAGGAAGUGUGAGAGAGUUCUUCUACGCCUGUUCUGUAACGACUUCAGCACCGACUUCCAGCAGCCUGCAUCUCCAUCGGAAACUCGACGGUACAAAGAGCUGAUCAAGACACCGAUGGAUUUAUCCAUCGUGAAAAAGAAGCUGGAGUCAAAGAAAGAGGGGGAACAUUACGUCGGUCCUGAGGAGUUUGUUACCGACGUCAGGCUCAUAUUUUUCAACUGUGCAAAGUACUACAAGGUGACUUCUGAGAUCGGGAGUGCCGGAUUGUACCUGGAGGACUACUUUGAGGAGCAGCUGAAGCUCGUCUACCCAGACAGAGUGUUUCCUGGAGGGAGGGAGGAGCAGAUGAUUCCUCCUUUAGAGGACGAGAUUGAAGAAGAAGAGGAGCAGAUGCCGACGACGGAGGGAGACGUGGCCCCCGCUGAAGACCAAAAGCCGCCAAGUCCACCGGAACAGGGUAUCGCUAAAGUGGAAGUGGAAGAAACCCCGGCCGAGGGCGAGAACUCGGGCUCGGAGCGGGCCGAAACAAGUCAGACGGACCAAAGCCAGGUUGUAUCGAACGCAGAGGGAGGUCUGCCUCCUGUGGAGGAGGACAAACAGGGCGAGGCGACCCAAGUGGAAAACAGCCCCGACGGUGAAACUAAAGACGACGUAGCUUCAAGCUCGCUAAAAGUGGAGAGCCCUCAGCUCCCUGCAGACGAAACCCUGGACCCUCCCGACUCGCUGGAGAAGCCCACCCCUGCAGCCUCGGAGGAGUCGGGUUAAACGGAGCAGACGGGAAACAAGAUGGACGCUUUAUGUCUUCCACAGAGUCGACCCCGGCGUAGGUUAGCUACAAUCGGUUUUUUCAUGCUACUUUAAAGCAACGCUGCACUGAACACGUUUUGAGUUGCAGUUACGCUGUAAAUGCACAACAAAGGAUAUAAAUAAGCUUUUUAUGUGUUUUUAUUUUCUGCGAUGACUGUAAAACAUUCUGUAUAAGGUAAAAAAAAACCUUUGUACAUAAUUUUAUUGAUUAAAAAGCACAGGUAUUUUUUUUGUUGGAUUUGCAAUGCAUGAAAUAUGACUAUACAAAAGCCAUUUUGUUUAGCAGUUUUAAUUAGCAUUUUGUUACAAUUGUAUGGAUUUCUUUUAUUUAUAGUAUUAAAUGCAUCAAAUAUGUACGAUGGCAUAUUUGGGUGAUUAUCCCCCCCCGUUUCUUCGCUCCUGGCUGAUUUUGUUCUGGAUCUACCCUCCAAUUGCUGAGAUUAUAUUCAUUACAUUUGCAAGUUUUUCCACUAUAAAUGUACCUUCUGUGUGUAAAUGUGUAAUUGAGACCAGCUGUUGGAGUUUUUAGAGGGGGGACGUUGUAACGGACGCAGAGUGACGUUAAGCAAUGUCUUGCUGAAAUAUGCAAGGCCUUCCCUGAAAAACAAAGACGUGGUCUGAUUGAGACGUCUGUUCUAGACUCCAAAUCUUGUGUCCAUGCCAGAAGCACUAAUGCACCCCCAUACCAUGAGAGAGGCAGGCUUUAGAGCUGCCUUUUUUUUUACUUUUCACACCAAACAUUUUGUGAAUUUUGCCCCACUUUUUUAAAUAUAAAACCCUAAUAUGCCAUCAAAAAUACGACCGCUAAGUACUGUAACUGUUGAACAAAUUGUAAGUGAACGUUGUUGCUCUUUAUUUGCCCCCUCUGACGCACACAUCCACACAGUUUUAUCACAAAGCAGCCUUGUUCUUAUCGCAACACAAACAAUCGUUGAUUUACUUGACGGUUAUCGGAGACAAAAUAAUCAGCUCCUUGUUUUCCAGCUUGUCUUGCAUCAUGAUUAAACGUAUGGGAGUUGCACAGAUUUUGGUACUUUUAGGAAACAAAUUAAUAAAAGAAGACGUGAAAGUUUUUGAUUAAUGUGUAGAAACGGACCAUAGUUUUAAAAUGAACUGUUAAAUGUCUUUUUAUUGUUAAAGAUGCAUAGGAUAGGACACGCUAGAAACUUGAUAAUGAAUUAAAAAAAAACAAUGUUUAAUAAACAAGUUUACAUGUUGCA